AUGUCGUUUCUUCUUAUAUUUUUUAUUCUACCUUAUCUUUGUGCAAGUUCUUAUCCAUAUGGAUUAAUUCGUAAUGCUUCUAUUAAAAUUUCAUUUGAUAUGAAUGAUGAUCGUGGUCAUAUAUUAAAAAGUCAAGAUUGUAAUCAAUGUCUUUGUAGUGCAUUUAGUAAUCCAAAAGUUGUUUUAUUUACAUGCACUCAAAAUGAAUCGAUAAAUGUUACUUGUCAAUUUUAUUAUUUUAUGCCAAUACGGGAUGAAAUUCAAUAUCCAAAUGUUUAUACAAAUAUAUAUUUAAUAGAUACUAAUCAAACAUUUGAAGAAAAAGAUGAUUGUUGCAACACAACUGAACUUAUCAUUAAAAUCAACGAGGCAUUACGUACUAAAGACACUGCUACAACUGAAUCGUUACGUACACUCGCUAAUAGUGAUAAUAAUACAAUAAUCACAGUUGAAGAAAAAACUGGAAACUUGCUUAAAUUUGAUAAAUCAACAUUUAAAUCUGUGGAUAUACCAAAAAUUUCAGGACUUAAAGCUGCUGGCUAUUAUGAUGAAUAUUAUUAUCUUGGUACAGAUAAAAAUAUAUAUGUUUACAAUAAAAAUCUAAGUAAACUAUAUCAAAUUCCAAAUAUAAAGGGUCCUAUAAACGCGAUUCGUUUUAUUGAUAAAACACAAGAAAUGAUUGUGGGUACAGCUUUUAAUGAUAUCAAUAUAUGUAGAAAAGAUGAAGUUAAAGGCUAUCUUAUAAACUGUACAUUAAUUCCGGACAUUCAUAGUGGCAAACAAUUACAUGCUGUUGGCAUUGUUAAUGAAAAUGCAUUUUAUGUUGGUUGGGACGGCGACGGAGGGCACAUUCAUUUAUAUACGAGAAAUCCGAGUAAUAAUAUAUGGACAACAAAUGAUAAUGAUAUAAUUGGUCAUAAGUACAAAACAUCAGAUAUUAUUGUCGAUAAUUGUAAACGAAUAUGGGCAGUUGUCGCGGGAGAUGAUAAAGGUAAAGUAAUUAUUUAUAAUCAAGAUAAAACAUUUUUGGGUGAAAUUAAUGUGGGUGGUACAACUUUAUUUAAUCUUAUGAUUGCUGAAAACUAUAAACUUAUCAUGUCACAUGGAUCUACAGAUGGUUUAACUCACACGAAUUCAUCUUUAAAUUGUCGACCACUUCUAAGCAAUGAAUUCAUACAACAAAAACAACGAUCUAAUGAUCUUGAAGACGAACUUCAAUUAAUACAAAAAUAUUCAAAAUCUACACAAACAAGAGCAGCUGAACAAUCACAAGAAAUUGCAAGUUUAAAAUCUACAAAAGAUGGCUACGAUGCUCAAUUAGCUAUUUUUACUAAUGAACUUCUUCAAACACAAGAUGAAUUAAAAGAAAAAGAACAACAAAUAACUACUUUACGCAAUGAUCUCAUUCCAAGAUCGACUACUGAUGAUGUUGAUGUACUUAAACGAGAAUUAAUUACUGUACAACAAUAUAUGAAUGAAAUGUCAUUAGAAAAAGAACAACUAAUUGAUAAAUUACGAAAUAUUCUCAUGGAAAAUUAUCAUUCUGUACUUAAAUUAGAACGAGUAGAAACGAUAUUUAAUCAAAAUUUAUUAAUUCAUGAUGAAGUAAUUAAUGAAUAUACUUCACAAAUUGGACAUGAAAUUAAUGCAAUAAAACAAUUUGUUCGAGUAACUCAUAAACGACAAGAAAAUGUCAAGAAUACUGUUAAAUAUAUGCGCAAUCGUCUUCUAGAGAAUCAAACUGAAAUGAAACAACUUAGACAAACAAAUAUUCAAUUACAAAACGAUGUACAAAUUGAACAAAGACAAAUAAAUUCUUAUCGAAAUCAAAUUGAAACAUUAAAUAAUGAAAUUCAUCUAUUAAAAAAAAAUCAAGUUAUUCAAACGAAAAUUGGCGAUGAUCAAGAUAAUGAUAGACAAAAUUUUAUUCGACAAAUCAUACAAGAAAAAGAUCAAUAUGAACAACAAAUAAAAGAAUGUCGAAUACAAAUUAAAGAAAUAAAUAAUCAACGACAACAAAUUCAAGAUGAAUGUGAUCAGAUGUCUAAACAAAUUUUACAAAUAACGAAUGAGAAAAGCCAAUUACAGAAUGAACAAAUACGAGUUAUUAAUGAAAUGGAUUUACACAAGAAACAAUUUGAUGAGAACCAUAAAGAUAAAGAACAAAAAAUAAAUGAAUUAAAAUAUCAAAUAUCCACCUUACGUGAACAGCAUAUUAGUACAGAAAAUAGUCUUCGAAUAGCCAAGACAUUUAAUAAUAAUCAGAUAUAUUAA